CCUUGCAAACAUUUCAAACACUCUCAUCCUCCUUAGCCUUAGCCUAAAAUCAUAUCAUUAGAAUCUAGUAGCAGCCUCAUAUAUGUAUUUAUAGUCUUGUUUAUUUUCCCGGAUUCUUUCCAUCGCUAGAAAAUGCAAGGAAAAACUAGCUCUGACCUUCCUCCUGGUUUCAGAUUCCACCCAACUGACGAGGAAUUGAUCAUGUAUUACCUUCGUAACCAAGCCAGUUCCAAGCCAUUGCCUGUGUCAAUCAUCCCAGAAGUUGAUAUCUACAAGUUUGAUCCUUGGCAAUUACCUGAGAAAGCAGAGUUUGGAGAAAAUGAAUGGUAUUUCUUUAGCCCUCGUGACAGGAAGUAUCCCAAUGGAGUGAGGCCUAACAGAGCAACUGUGUCUGGUUAUUGGAAGGCCACUGGCACAGACAAGGCCAUCUACAGUGGAUCUAAAUAUGUUGGUGUCAAGAAAGCUCUUGUGUUCUACAAGGGCAGGCCACCAAAGGGUAUCAAGACUGAUUGGAUUAUGCAUGAAUAUCGCUUAAAUGAUUCAAGAAAACAAGCCAAACAGCAAAAUGGAUCCAUGAGAUUGGAUGAUUGGGUCCUGUGUAGGAUUUACAAGAAGAGGAACGUAGGAAGAAAUUUGGAGGAGAAAGCAGAAAUUACAAAUACCCAGUUGGAAAAAUCUGUGGCUAAUGAUGCCAGUGAGCAACAACUGUUGAAAUUUCCAAGGACAUGUUCCCUUUCUCAUCUCCUGGAAUUUGAGUACAUGGGACCAAUUUCUCAUCUUCUAAACGACAGCACAAACAAUCCAGGUUUAGAUUUCCAGAACAUCAUGAGCAAUUCUGGAAAUGAUUAUACUGAAAAUUUUCAGCUUGGAGAUAUGGGCACCCAGUAUACAGAUUCUGGGAAGUUCCAGGUGAAUCAGGGCAGCAUCUUAAACCAGUCAUUGUUUAUGAAUCCAAUGGUCUAUGAAUUUCAGUGAUUUGCCUGGCUCAGACUAGCUUCAGGAGGGACAACAUAGGAGUUUCUUGGACAUGACAAUGUUUGACAUCCACUUAGAAGAUGUAAAAAUUAUUUAUGCAGAAUAUACAUUUUACAGAAUGGUCAAUUGUGAAUUAGAUCUGAUACAAUCUAUUCAUUAAUAUAGAUUGCACAUAAGACAGGCUUGAAUAAUGUAUAUGAUGGUCAAAUUUACUAUUUGAAGUUCAAUUACUAUUGCUUAAA